AUGAUCUCCAACGUCCUUGCUCGUUCUGCCAUGCGUGCUUCUACUCGUCAAGUGGUUCGCUCUGAUCUUUACCACUUCUCCAAUGCUAACGGUCAAAACGUUCCUUUCAACACCAAGAACAGAGCUGGUCUUGCUAUCAAGAUGACCUUGUACUUGGGUCUUGGUUUCGGUGCCCCUUUCCUUGGUGCUGCUUGGCAAUUCUAUAAGGCCGGUUAA